UAACCGUUGUUAUCAAUAGUUUGUGAUCUACAUUAAAUAUAUAAUUUAUUAAAUUUAUGACGUAAUAUCCAUUGUGGAUGGCAAACGGAUUUCAAUCCAUUUAUUGACAUCGACAUACAUCAAACCCGACAAUAGCCAUCAUGGCGAACGUAACUGACAGAAAUUUCAUUUUGGAAGCCACAAAUCAAUUUUUCAACACGUUAGAAAAAGAAUUAGUAUUCGAUGACGUUGUUGAUUCGUGGUUUUUAAUGCGAUCUCCAGUGCCAGUGUUUUCAAUUGUGGCAGUUUAUUUACUGUUCAUUUUAAAAAUCGGUCCAAAUAUGAUGAAAAACCGUGAACCAUACCGACUCAAACACAUAAUGUUAAUUUACAAUCUAUUUCAAACAGGUUAUAAUGCAUUUAUACUGUAUUUGUUAUUUUUUACACCUGGAGGAUUAACUAGCAUGUGGUAUCAUUCAUGUCAUCCAAUUGAAAGAAGCAAAAAUGCUUUCUUAUUAUAUGAGUUGAAUAAAGGAUCGUGGUACUUUUUCAUCUCCAAAGUCAUCGAUUUAUUGGAUACAAUAUUCUUCGUUUUAAGAAAAAAACAGUCCCAAGUUACAUUUUUACAUGUAUACCAUCAUUCAAAUAUGGUCAUCACGUGUUGGGCGUAUUUGAGGUUUAUCAAAGGUGAACAAUCAACAUUACCCGGAGGAAUCAAUUCAUUUAUCCACACUAUCAUGUAUUUCUAUUACUUCCUAGCAGCCUUGGGCCCACAAAUGCAACCUUAUUUAUGGUGGAAGAGAUAUUUGACUAGAAUGCAAAUCAUUCAAUUUGUAAUAGUUCUACUCUGGUAUAUAGGACUAGUCUGUUUUAAUUGCGAUUAUCCGAAAGUAUACAUUUAUUACAUGUUCGCGAAUGUAACACUCUUUCUAUAUUUGUUCUCGUUGUUUUACAAAAAAACGUACACCAAAAAACCAAAAACGGUAAAAUCGGACUAAAUGUUAGUAUGAGUAUAAGAUAAUCAUUGUAAUAAAUAGUCUGAAUGAGUCUAUACAACUGCAAUAUUGCUACCUAUGUAGUAUAUUGUGAAAUGAUACAAUUUUACAAAAUAUUAAAUUUAUAUCUGUUUAGUAUAAUUUAAAAUUAAA